ACUGGCUCAUCAUCAGGCGCUGUCACGGGGAAGCAGCCCGGACUCGAGCGACACCAAGGGGAGAUGGUCGCACGUGACUCGACUCCAUGACGUCCCCAGAGUGCUGUGUUUCCCCAUUCCCCCGCGACUGAGGCGGCGUGCCAGGCGCUGGUGGCAGACAGACCUGACGCCAGUUAAGCAGCAAAGCCGGGGAAGACGCGAUACCGCCAUGCGGCCAUGAUGCGCCACGCGCCCGCCUUCUCCAUCUCUCAUGCCAAGCACGCGCAUCGGCGGCAGAAGGAAGAAGCGCGUGAGGUCGACACACGAGCUGUGUGUGUGCGUCAUCCUUGCUGCUGUAGUAGUCGAGCACGAUGUGGGAGGGACAUGGAAGACGUGUUGAGGGCUACAGCAGGUCGCUAGCCACCCUGCCAGAAGGAUAAACCGUCAUCUCAGACUCACGUGACGCGAAGGGAGGGGUAAGGAGACCGCGCCACACUACGAAAGGGGGAGAGAGGGGCAGGCAUCAAGCUCCUCGCACACGAGCGGCACGACGGAAAGCCAACAGGUGUCCGCGCGACAGGCUGGCGGCGGGCUGCCCGUCACAGACAGCUGGCGACAUGCGACUGGCGACGAGCGGUGCCUGGCGGUGUCGGAGCACGUCGGCAAGACGCGAGCGGCGGCCGCGCGGCAUCCUGACCACAGCGGCGGAAAAGCAGGGCCUGAGCGAGUACGCUACCACUACGCUUUCACCAGUCGACCCGAGUCAAGGGGCUUCGCCACCACCACCACCAGUAGCAGCAGCACCACCAUCACUUCCAGCACCACCCGUCCCGCGGCGAGAAUGCGGAAGGCUCGCAGGGCAGCGACCUCUGGCGGCGGCUCCGGAAAAGAGUUGCUGGUGUUUACAGUCUUCCUGGUGGUGGUGAUGAUCACCUUGUCGCAGGUGCUUGUCGUGCAUCACAAGUACAACGUGCGCUACGGCCAGGGCGCCAAGCCGCGCAGCAUCAGACUUAAAGCGCAGCAGGAGUUGCGGCAGGUGGAACGCCGCAUCGCAGCACUGCGGCACCAGAACAUCCCGUCGCUGCAGCAAGCCGCCGAGUCGCUCCAGAAACAUGUCUUCAUCAGCCGCAUCGCCAGCCUCAUCCAGCGGGCCACCCAUGAGUCCCGCCACCUGAUGCAGCACAGGCUGCAGCCGUCCAAUUCCUCCAACCACUCGUCUUCCUCCACCUGGUCGUCUUCUCCGGUGUCGGCGUCGCAGUCGUUGCUGCUGUCGGCGCUGGAUUACGACCUGCAGGAGACGGACAUCGACGCCAGUGCCAGCUUGUCGGAGUGGAAUGUAUCCGCCGCCUCGUGGGGCGAUAACGACAACGUCACCGACGAUGAGUUGGAGGGAGGACCAGCCAACAUCACCACACCAUCGCCAGUACAACUACUCUGCCCCGAGGAACCCCCUCUGUUAUGGGGAAACGUCAGCGCUGACGUCAACCGCGAGCACGAGACGCUGACGCUGUCGGAGGUGAUGGCGGCACACCCCGACAUCAGAGCAGGAGGCGAGUGGCAGCCCUCCGACUGCGUGGCCAGGUAUCGUGUGGCGGUGGUCAUCCCCUACAGAGAUCGACUGGCUCACCUCACCGUCCUCCUCGCCCACCUCCUGCCGGUCCUCAAGCGACAGCAACUACACUUCAGGGUCUUCGUCGUCGAGCAGUACGGAACCCUGACCUUUAACAAAGGUCGCAUAAUGAACGCCGCUUUCAAAGAGGCGUUAAAGAUAUUCGACUUCCAGUGCGUUGUCUUCCAUGAUGUCGAUCUCAUUCCUGAGGACGACCGCAACAUGUACACCUGUCCCAUCAUGCCUCGCCACAUGUCGGUCGCCAUCGACGAAAUGAAUUACAGACUGGCCUAUCAGAUGCUGGUGGGGGGCGUGCUCAACAUGCGUAUGGAGCACUACCAGCUGGUUAACGGGUACUCCAACAUGUACUGGGGCUGGGGUGCUGAGGACGACGACAUGUAG